AUGCUGUCGUUCGCGAGCGAGCAAUUACGGGCAAAUCAACUCCCCUGGAAUGGCUUUAUUGACGACAAACUGUGUCGUUAUUGCUAUCUGGGCUUUUCUGCCAUUUCGAUAAAUGUGAUUCGCGAUUUUAUGUCCUGUUUUGUGAUUGUUGCCGAGAUGAAAUACUCCAUGGAAUGCUACAUGCGCCAGUACUGGAGUGACGAACGCCUCAAGUUCAACGGCCCGCUGGACCAACUCACGCUCAACAUUAAGAUGCUGGAAGCCCUGUGGAAACCGGACACCUACUUCCACAACGGCCUCGGUUCCUACGUGCACAUGACCACGAGGCCCAACAAGCUCAUACGGAUCAAUCAAAACGGAGACAUCCUUUACUCCAUGAGGCUCACUAUCAAGGCCAAGUGUCCAAUGGUCCUGAGGAAUUUCCCGAUGGACAAGCAGUCGUGCCCUCUUGUCAUCAGUAGCUUCGGCUACACAGACAAAGAAGUACGGUACGAGUGGGCGCCCAAGAAGGUGGAGUUCGAGGAAGGGAUGGGGCUGAGUCAGUUCGACAUCUUGAACACGAAAUGCACCAAUUACUCCGUCAGGUGGAGGUCGGGGAAAGCCUCCAAGACGCGAAAUGCCAUCAGCCACAACCCGCCCAGUCUCGAGCGACGCAUAACGACGCCUCUCUCGCACGCAGGUUUGUUCUCGGCUCUGCAAGUGAACUUCAACCUGUCCCGGAGUGCCGGCUACUUCCUCAUCCAGGUGUACGUGCCUUGCUUCCUCAUCGUGGUCCUGUCCUGGGUGUCCUUCUGGAUCAACCGCGAGGCCACGAGCGAUCGAGUCGGCAUCGGCAUCAUCACGGUGCUGACGCUGGCGACCAUCAGCCUGGACACCCGGACGGACCUCCCGAAGGUGCACUACGCCACCGCCCUCGACUGGUUCAUCCUCAUGAGCUUCGGCUACUGCAUCGCCACGCUCCUGCAGUUCGCCGGAGUGCAUUUCUUCACGAAGGUCGGCUCCGGGGAGAUCAUGGCCGAGGAGGAGGAGUGGGAGGACCUGGAGAUCAUCGAGGACUGCAGCCCUGAGGUCGUGGAGGAGUGCGUGCAGACGUACGACUCCCCCCACGACGCCGCCUGUGGCACCUCGGUCGAAGGUCGCAUCGAGGUCGUCUUCCUGAAUUCGAAUCACCCGAACUGCCCGCGAAGCGCCGCCACGCUCUACGCCACGCUCAACUCCAAAAGGACUAUAAUGGGGAUAGAAUCUGAUGAAAGCGAACCGCCCAAGAAACAACAUGAAUCUGUUGACACACAGAAUGACCUCGGCGGUGACGGUGUUUUGGGGACACCUCUACAAGGAGAGAACAUCCUUAGUGUUUUUCGAGACGUGUCUAACAUGAUGGGGGAGAGUGUGGGCCUUUACCCUAGUUACCCUUUUGUCUUUAUUGGUGUCGUCCCCGAUAUCGACCCCUGUACUCACCCUCCCCUCCCCCUCCUCCUCCCGCAGGACGCCGGGGUGCUGAACCAUGCGGGGGACUGCCUGGCGACCUUCAGGACGGCGGAGACGCAGACGGAGAAGAAGGAGCGGUGCUGGACGCAGUUCCUCCACUGUGUCGUAGGAGACGACCAGUACCGACGGGAGCGGCAGCGGAGGGCGUGUCUCCAGCGCUCCGUCAACUCCGUCUCCGCCAUCGACACCGUCAGUCGCAUCCUCUUCCCGGCGUCCUACGGGCUCCUCAACCUGUGGUACUGGUACUCCUACUACGACACCGAGCUCAUCUCCAACUGGUCCGACCCGGGGUUCGAGAACUCGGCGAGACAGUGAUCGAGAGUUGUCUAAUUCUUCUCUUGAGAUUAUUAUUUGAAUGAAGCUUUGGGUUGUUGUAAGACAGUAUAGUUUUACCUUUAUAUAGUCUAUAUACUACAAAGAGGCCCUUCAAUACGUAAAAGCUCUAGGAAAAACACAUUUCUGCUAGAUAUUACCCUGUAAACAGAGAUGCAAACAUUCUCAUGAUUCCAGGAAAUUUCGGGGAAAAGAAUGUUUAUUAAAAUCGAUAUACAUCACAAAAUCACAAAACAACUGGAAUUGAGUUAUGUCUCUAAGGAAGCGGUAAUUGUUCAGAUCAUGUCUGACAUCCCGUGCCAUUGAUGCACUGCAAUACUGUGUUUUGUUCAGUGCAAGGCUUUCAAUUGUCCAUGCAUGAUGCAACUUUCCAAAUAAUAAACGGAGGAAGUGACGGGAAGAACAGUCUUCUUCGAAAGUACUCCAAAACAACAUUUUUUUAAUGACAUGUAAAAGAAAGCAUAUUGAAAAUAAUCCUUUUGCGCGUCACCGCCCCAGUGCUGUUGUGAAAUGCAUGAUGUCAAUAAUGUAGCGUAAUUCGACCGUUAGAGUAUCCGAUACUCCAAUCUUAUCUUUAACCUUGAGUUUGGCAUCCCUGCCUGUGCGGCCGAUAGCGCUGCCAGUGUCAUGAGUGUAGAUAGCGUAGUCUGGCCUUGAGGGCAACCGACACCAUUCAGCCCUAACAUGCUUUUGUUUACGGUUUCCUUGUUGCUGAGUUCGCCUAUUAUUCACAGGACAUAGUUUUGUGUACGAGCACUAUAAUCAACACGACACACUGCUGUGUCUAACUGUGAGACACCCUGAUUAUGAUUUGUGUCUAAUAUGGUUUGGUGAAACUCUGUGAACCCACAUAAGACAGACUCAUAUUCAUGUGCAUGAUAUAAUUGUAAUAAUUAACGUGCAUACCCCAGUGUUGUGUCAGCUACAGCGCAUUCACAAUCGUUAAUGUGGCUUCAUUCAAGCAGCUUCAAAACGAAUAUUUUUUUGUGAAACGACCUUGUCAGUCACGCUGACCUUGCUAGAGGAUCAUUGUUAUUCUCUUAAAAAUAUAUAUUCCCUACUUUAUGAAACUCAUUCAUCAAAACCACGAUUGUUUCAUAUCUGUAAUCUGAGUGUCUGGACCAGCCUGUGAUGGCGAAAAACAAAGGUAUAUAUUAGAAAAGAAUAUGAGAUAUUUCUGCAACAGGAACA